AGCCUCUGGAGGCUCGGCCUGUUUCCGGUGGGGUCUGUGGAUUCGGCGUCUGAGGUGGUACGGCACCAGCGUUGUCUAUUGAGCUUUCCCAGGCGUGGGCAGAUAUGUCGGCGGCUUUUCGGAAGGCGGCCAAGUCCCGACAGCGGGAACACCGAGAGCGAAGCCAGCCCGGCUUUCGAAAACAUCUGGGCUUGCUGGAAAAAAAGAAAGACUACAAACUUCGUGCAAAUGACUACCGGAAAAAGCAAGAAUACCUCAGAGCUCUCCGGAAGAAAGCUCUUGAAAAAAAUCCAGAUGAAUUCUACUAUAAAAUGACUCGGGUUAAACUCCAGGAUGGAGUUCAUGUUAUUAAGGAUAUUAAGGAAGAAGUAACUCCAGAACAGCUGAAACUGAUGAGAACUCAGGAUGUCAAAUAUAUAGAAAUGAAAAGGGUUGCAGAAGCUAAGAAAAUUGAAAGACUAAAAUCAGAGCUCCAUCUGCUGGAUUUCCAGGGGAAGCAACAGAAUAAGCAUGUGUUCUUUUUCGACACUAAAAAGGAAGUUGAACAGUUUGAUGUUGCAACUCACCUGCGAACAGCCCCGGAACUCGUGGACAGAGUCUUUAAUAGACCCACGAUAGAGACCUUGCAGAAGGAGAAAGUGAAAGGAGUUACCCAUCAGACUCAACUUAAGCGGAUAGCUAAAGAAAGGCAAAAGCAGUAUAACUGCCUGACACAGCGGAUUGAACGUGAGAAAGAAUUGUUCAUUAUUGCACAGAAAAUUCAAACACGCAAAGAUCUUCUGGAUAAAACUCAGAAGGUGAAGGUGAAGAAAGAAACAGUGAACUCCCCAGCUAUUUACAAAUUUCAAAGUCAGCGAAAACAUUGACGUGUUAUAGAUAAGCCUCGUCAUUCUACAAGGAAAAGAGUUCUAUGUCCCCUCCCUCCCCAGUAAUUUCAAGUCCCUUCGGUCUAAAUGACAUGGUUUCCUUGUUUGUAACCAUAAUUUAUUGUGAUCUGCCAUUUGAUGUGAAUGACAUUAAAACCCCUUCCCUUGUCUUACCGUGUU